AUGGGGUCCGACAGAAUGAUGACGGCCUCGCUGGAGAAUGAUGAACGUUCGAUGAAAGCCGACACCCUGCGAGCAAUGCUGAAACAGGAAGCAUCGGGUCACUAUGCUUGCCUAGACUACCUUAGCAUGACACCGUGGAACCAAGAUGUGUAUCGGAUCAGCAAACCAGGCCAGGAGUACCGAAUGAAACACGACUCUGGUCCGGAAACUCGCAUUGAUGAGUACUGCAGGGAGCAGAUCGUAGAAUGGUCCUUUCGCGUGGUGGACUACUUCCGUAUCGACAGAGAAGUGGUGUCUCUUUCCAUUUCCUUUCUUGAUCGGUUCCUCUCCAAGUGUAGGUGUGACAGGACUAGCUUUAAGCUUGCAGCUACGACGACUCUGAGUCUGGCGGUCAAGCUCUUGUAUCCGUGCAAACUUGGUGAACUUGGAAUCCUGAGCGAUCUAAGUCGUGGGGAAUUCGACAUGGUGGAUGUGGCUGAUAUGGAAAGCUACAUACUGCGCUCGUUGUCUUGGCAUAUGCACCCCCCAACUCCGGUGGCGUUCGCGACUUUGUUCCUAGAUUUUAUUUUCGGUGACUUUGCGUUUGAUGUCUCUGAGGCAGACUUGGAUGAUAUCUAUGACGUGUCUUCGUUCUUUUGCGAUCUGGCUGUCUGUGACUAUUACUUUGUUCCGGUAAAGGCAAGUACAGUGGCGCUUGCCGCCGUCGAGAAUGCUCUGGAGGGCAUGUUUGGACAGAAGAACCGGUUGGAGAUGGAGGUUCUGAGGGCCGCUAAGAAAGUUGGCCUUUACAGGGCUCAUGAUCUGUCAGCCGCGAGGAACAGGCUUUGGGAGCUCUAUGAACGCAGCGAAGAGUGUGCUCUGCACAAUCAGAAGGCUACCUCAGACGAGCAGCCAGUUUGGAAUGGCGGAGUCUUCGUCAAGAAGGUAUCAACUCACUAUUCGCCGGUGUCCAUUUCAACAUCGUGCGCAUCCGGAAAUGAACUAUCACAUCCCACCAAACAUGCCAAUUUGAUCCGCAACAAUACCAGUUGGUGA